UGCCCUUCCCCGAAGCAUCAGCUUUUUAGACAGAAUUCCUUAAAACAUAAUGCCAAACAGUCAGUCCUGUUAAUAGGCACGGGCAACUCUAUUUACGAAAGAUUCCCCUAAACCUCUCCCUCUUGUCAUCCAACGUGAACCACCGGUAAGCGUUCCGAUCCCGCUUACCACUUCCAAAACCUAAUCAUGCGAUGCCGAUCAUGGCAGGUACUGGUGACCAUCCUGCUGGACGUGUGCAUUAGCCAUCACUCCGUUUCCAUCUCCUUCAGCUUCCCUCGUCCACAAUUCAACAAGAUUCUUGACAGACGGCGACUUUUCAAAAGAGAUCAAGCCAUCCCAACCGCCCCCAGUGGUGGAUACGCCCCUUCCCGUCGUCCUUGCCCUGAAAAAGUCUUGGUUCGGCAGCCUUCGGUUCAUGGUCCACUUAACUCCGGAGAAGCAGAAUACGUCCUAACCAAGGCUCAGAAAUCUCUCCCCCUAUGGCGCACUUACCUUGAAAACGCUGGUCUCCUGGGAUUCAACGUUGAUGAUUUUCUAUCAGAAGCCACACAAAACGGUGGCACUCCGGCUGUCACAUUGCCCAACUUUGGAUUCGCCAUCUCUGGAGGGGGAGCUCGAGCCGGCUUAGUGGGCGCCGGGAUACUCAAUGCGUUCGACAGCAACAACCCUGCGGCGGUCGAAGCUAAGACAGGCGGAAUAUUACAAUUGGCGAAUUAUGCCGCAGGCCUCUCGGGAGCUUCGUGGCUGUUAGGAAGUUGGGCCACCGCAAAUUUCCCAAGCUUCACUUCUUUGAAUCAAACUGUAUGGAAAUUAACCCAACCGGAUGCGAUUUAUGAUAUCGCAAUCAUCAAGCAAAUCCAUCGGGACCUGAAAACAGCUUCUCAAAAAGCAAUGGCAGGCUUUCCAAUCAGCAUUGUCGAUGCUUGGGCUCAAUUGAUAGUCGACCAUACCAUUAACACGACCCACCAUGCAAAUGCUGUCCUUUUAUCUUCGGUCAAGGACCUGCCCGGGUUCAAAAGCCGAUAUGCUCCCUUUAUCAUCAUAACAGCUACUUCGCGGGAAAAUGGAAAGGAAGAAAUGUCGCUUGAUAAUCCAGUUUAUGAAUUUACACCGGAGGAGUUUGGAACAUGGCAUCCUAGUCUCAACGCCUUUAUUCCAGUCCAGUUCUUAGGCACUAAGAUUAACCAGGGCCAGAUUUCCCGGGGUGACCGAUGUGUUGUGGGCUUUGAAUCAAUGGGCUUCAUAAUGGCCACGAGCAGCAACAUUUUCUCCACUUCGGAGAAGACCAGCGAUGACCCAUUUUGGGUAGCGCUCGUUCACAAGUUCAUGAAUUACAUGACCGGGAAUGUGUAUGAUGAAGCGAUCAUCCCGAACCCAUUCCAAGGGCUCGGUCUAGGCUUCGGGCUGGAUGGUGGAUUCCCCAGUAAGGAUGACGAAAACUUAUACUUAGCCGACUCUAGCUUGUCCGGAGAAACGAUCCCCUUGUGGCCGCUUAUCCAGCCCAGUCGCAAGCUCGACGCAAUCAUCACCGUGGAUUCAUCUAACCGAGCCAAACCAAGCGUCAAAUCCCGAGUCUAUCCCAACGGCACCAGCCUAUAUGCCUCUUAUCGGAAAAUUCUUCCGCCGGACUAUGCCGCCUACCCAUUCCCCACAGUACCUGAUCCAUAUGGCGGAAACUUCUCUCGAUUGGGAUACAACAAGCGGCCGGUAUUUUUCGGAUGCGACCAAGCGUGCCCUCUUAUAAUCUACCUUCCCAACUACUUCAUUGUAGCGCCGACGGAUGCGCCCACGACGCAGAUGCAGUACAGUAAUACGGAUAUUGAUGGCUACUUCAAGAAUGGUUUUGCACUAGCUACCCAAACGCGAGCGUCAGCGAACUCGAUGAGUGAGGACAUGCAGGGCCUCUUCGAUCGUGCCGGGCCAUCGAGCUCGAUCGAGUGGUCGAUCUGUCUGGCCUGUGCACUCAUCGAUAAACAGCAAAAGAGGAACGGGAGGAGACGAACGGCACAAUGCCAAAGCUGCUUUGACAUGUAUUGCGCCGCCCGAUGAUUUCCCUCUCCGCACUCCUUCAACACUCUUCUCUAUUAAUCUCAAUCUGCAAAAAUAUUUUCUCAAUUAUUCGGUUUCUCAAGCAGCGAAAAGAUAAAUUGAUAGCUAUCAUUUAGAAUUUUAAUUGGACACUUUGUCCUGACACCUACCUACCCUGUUGUGGAGAUUUUAUUUCGUUAUGUUUGUGCUUUUCCAAAGGCUCAAUUUAUGGCAUAUUGUAUAAAAAUUUAAUUCAGCUUAUUCCAAAACUCCAGUUUAUUUAUAUGAGAUAUUAAAAAA